AUACAUACAUAAUCUUUCUUUCACUUGGCCAGGCCAAGCUCAUGACUUCGUGGUUCGCCAUUUGUCAUUUUAUUGAAAACAUUAUUAUUCUCCCCUCAAUCCUCCUCAUCUUUACCUGAAAUUUAUGCAAAAGUGUGUGUUUUGAAAGACACGCAAAAUUUUAAGUUUUGAAUUAUUCUACAUCUUUGUCAUGUUUGUAUUGAAGAUUCAACACAUUAAUAUCUUGUUUUUAUAUCUACCAGACUUUUAAAAGGGCUCGGCUGUGACAAGAUAAAAUGAUCUAAACCCUUUCAACAAAAAAAGUUCACGCGAAGCUUCCUCUUCGCUCUUCUCUACUCCAUUCAGGGACGUUUUCUCUAUCUUUUUCCUAUUUAUCAAAAAAAAAAAAAAAAAAGGAAAAAGCUUCUCCGUCCCCAUUUUACUGUAUUAUUAAAUAAAUAGAAUCAGAUUUAAUUCUGGGAUCUCUUGCCUAUCUUUUGCUAAUUGGGCAUUUCAUUACCUUUUUGGAUCCGAAUAUAAAGAAUUAGAUCCAUACUAUAUUUUUGAAAAAAAAAAAAAUCCAAAAAUGAAUAAUGGAGAUUUAGAAGGAGGCGGAGACGAAGCCUUUCAUGCAAAAGGCGGCCGUAAAUACAGCCCCGUGAGGCCUCACGAUCGCGCCGUUCUCGAGAUGUCCUCCAUGGAUCCUGGAUCUUCCUCCUCCGAUUCCCACUCUUCCAUCAGGAAAAUUAAAGUAGGAACGCAGGGGAAGUUGGAUUCCGAAGGAAGGGAAGGUUCGGUUCCUGAUAAUGAUGGGGUCAAUGGUCUCCACAGGGAACAUAAAUUGGAAUUGUUUGGUUUUGAUUCUCUUGUCAAUAUUCUUGGUCUCAAAAGUAUGACAGCAGAGCAAAUUCCGGCACCCUCUAGCCCUAGAGAUAGUGAAGAUGUUUCCAUCACCAAUGGGCAUCCAAAGCCCUCUGAUGUCAAAAUGGGUACAAUGAUGGGGGUAUUUGUACCAUGCUUACAAAGUAUUUUGGGUAUAAUCUACUAUAUCCGUUUUUCUUGGAUUAUUGGUAUGGGUGGCAUUGGCGAAUCACUGCUGUUGGUAUCAUUUUGUGGUCUGUGUACUUUCUUGACAGGAAUAUCAUUGAGUGCUAUUGCAACUAAUGGAGCAAUGAAGGGUGGUGGUCCAUAUUAUCUCAUUGGCCGUGCCCUUGGUCCCGAGGUUGGAGUUAGCAUUGGAUUAUGUUUCUUCCUUGGCAAUGCAGUUGCAGGAGCUCUUUAUGUGUUGGGAGCUGUAGAAACCUUUCUAAAAGCUCUCCCUUCUGCGGGGAUUUUUACUGAGACCACCACAAAGGUGAAUGGCACGGUAUCAGAACCAAUAAAGAGUAUAAGUACACAUGACUUGCAAAUCUAUGGGAUUGUUGUGACUAUCAUCCUUUGCAUUAUUGUGUUUGGUGGGGUGAAAAUGAUCAAUCGGGUUGCCCCUGCUUUCCUUGUGCCCGUUUUAUUCUCAGUAUUUUGCAUAUUCAUUGGGGUUUUUUUGGCGAAGAAGGAUGACCUUGAAUCUGGUGUUACGGGCUUAAGUUUGGAAAGCUUUAAAGAUAACUGGAGUUCAGAUUAUCAGAAUACAAACAGUGCUGGUAUCCCUGAUGCUGAAGGAAAGGUGCAUUGGAACUUCAAUGCAUUGGUCGGUCUCUUUUUCCCAGCCGUAACUGGAAUCAUGGCAGGUUCAAAUCGAUCAGCCUCACUUAAAGACACUCAGCGUUCAAUCCCCAUUGGGACAUUGGCAGCCACACUUGCCACUACUGGUCUCUAUCUAGUUUCUGUCUUCCUUUUUGGAGCUGUUGCCACCAGAGAUAAGCUUUUGACUGACAGGCUACUUACUGCUACAAUAGCUUGGCCUUUCCCGGCUAUCAUUCAUAUUGGAAUUAUUCUUUCAACUUUGGGUGCAGCUCUUCAAAGCUUGACUGGUGCCCCUCGCCUUCUUGCAGCAAUAGCUAAUGAUGAUAUUCUUCCUGUUCUCAAUUACUUCAAAGUUGGAGAUGGCAGUGAGCCUAACAUCGCCACCCUCUUUACUUCUAUUAUCUGUAUGGGAUGUGUCAUUAUCGGGAAUCUGGAUCUUAUCACCCCAACUGUAACUAUGUUUUUCCUUCUAUGUUAUACGGGUGUGAACUUGUCUUGCUUCCUUCUGGAUCUUCUAGAUGCUCCCAGUUGGCGUCCUCGGUGGAAAUUUCACCAUUGGAGCCUCUCUCUCCUUGGAGCAUCACUUUGUAUAGUGAUAAUGUUCUUGAUCUCAUGGUCAUUCACUGUAGUGUCUCUGGCCCUUGCCAGCCUCAUAUAUUAUUAUGUGAGCAUUAAAGGAAAAGCUGGGGACUGGGGGGAUGGUUUCAAAAGUGCAUAUUUUCAAUUAGCCCUUCGCAGUCUUAGAUCCCUGGGAGCAAACCAAGUUCAUCCAAAGAACUGGUAUCCCAUUCCUCUCAUAUUCUGCCGGCCUUGGGGUAAGCUGCCAGAAAAUGUACCUUGCCAUCCGAAACUUGCUGACUUUGCCAACUGCAUGAAGAAGAAAGGCCGUGGAAUGUCCAUAUUUGUCAAUAUACUAGAUGGGGACUAUCAUGAACGUGCUGAAGAUGCCAAGGCUGCCUGCAAGCAACUUGAUACCUACAUUAACUACAAGAACUGUGAAGGUGUUGCAGAAAUAGUUGUAGCACCCAAUAUGACUGAAGGCUUCCGUGGAAUUGUGCAGACCAUGGGUCUUGGCAACCUCAAGCCCAAUAUUGUAGUUAUGCGAUACCCAGAAAUAUGGCGUCGUGAGAACCUGAAAGAAAUCCCAGCCAGAUUUGUUGGUAUAAUUAAUGACUGUAUUGUUGCAAAUAAGGCAGUUGUCAUCGUCAAGGGCCUUGAUGAAUGGCCUAACGAGUAUCAAAGGCAAUAUGGUACCAUUGAUUUGUAUUGGAUUGUGAGAGAUGGCGGUCUCAUGCUUCUUCUGUCACAGCUUCUUCUUACAAAAGAGAGCUUCGAGAGCUGUAAGAUUCAGGUCUUCUGCAUUGCAGAGGAGGAUUCAGAUGCGGAGGGCCUCAAGGUUGAUGUUAAGAAGUUUCUAUAUGAUCUUCGGAUGCAAGCUGAAGUGAUUGUUAUAACGAUUAAGUCAUGGGAUGUGCAAACAGAAGGUGGAUCUCAGCAAGAUGAGUCAUUGGAGGCAUUUACCGCUGCUCAGCAGCGGGUAGCUGGUUACUUGGCAGAAAUAAAAGCAGCAGCAGAAAAAGAAGGGACCCCUUUGAUGGCUGAUGGAAAGCCUGUAGUUGUGAACGAGCAACAAGCGGAGAAGUUUCUCUAUACAACUCUGAAGCUGAAUUCAACAAUAUUAAGAUAUUCUAGAAUGGCUGCAGUCGUGCUUGUAAGCUUACCGCCACCUCCUGUCAGUCACCCAGCUUACUGCUAUAUGGAGUAUAUGGAUUUGUUGGUAGAAAAUGUGCCGAGGCUUUUAAUGGUAAGAGGGUAUCGUAGAGAUGUUGUAACUCUAUUCACAUAGUUUCCUGAGGAUUGAAUCGUGACUGUAAUUGUGUUAGUGUUCAUAUAGGUUUUUUCCAUUGAUUUGUUGUAGUCAAAGUGUUACAUUCAUUCUUUUCAGCCAUUCCGGUCAGUGGCUCUUUUUAUUUUCUUUGAAAUUUUUUUUACGGAAUCUGUCCUUUUGCGUAGGGUUGAGCCCGAAGUUUUAACUUCUUCUGGUCUGGAUCGACUGACAUUCAAUGGAGAAUCAAAUUUCUGUAUUGUUGCUUUGUAGGCCAUAGUGGAUGGGUUCAUUUUUAAUUCCAACAAAGGGAAAGAGAGGCUCAAGUCCAUUUACCAGCUGUAGUUGCCAAUUUGGCCACUCGCAAUAGUUUCUUUAUCCUGUCUCUGCAUUAUGUUCUCUGGAAAUUUGAAACUCAAUUGACGGUGAUAAACGAAAUUCACAAAAAAGUUGCUAAGAUUAAAUUAAUUUACAGGAUAACAAACCACGCAAAUUUCGGAAAUGAAUGUAAAAGAAAGUUGUAGAAGAGAAGCAAGAAUUGUGAAAUUCAUCCAUCCAUCCAUCCAUCCAGCAUACCGUAAUACAAAUUACGCAAUGAUCAUGGAGCAGUUGAUGUAUCUGAUGAAAGCUCAAAGCUGGACAUACCAUCGUAUCCACUCUUUCCACCCCGCCAACCGCUUGCUAUU